GGGCAGCUCCAGACUCCAGCCAUCCACCGCUUUCCAUCCCGGCAGUUGAGAGCAAGACGUUCACCUGCAACCACUCUAGCGCCCUUUGCACGUGUUUCUACAGUACUUCACUCGUCCAAAAGCGUAAAUUACAGAGCAGCCGGCAUUCGAAAGACCCCCAGCCAUGGCAUACCACUCGCAUCCACACUCCCACGACGACAUCCCGCCUCCGCCCACAGAAGGCUGGAAGAACGAGGGCGUGCGCGUGAUCCCCGCCAACUCGCUCGACACCAACACGCCGCAAACGCCAGGCAUGAACCGCGCGGCGGCCAUCAACUUCGCGCGCGUCGGCGCCCAGAAGAUCUGGGCGGGGACGGUGCACAUCCACGCCAAUGCGAAGACGGGCGCGCAUCAUCAUGGGCAUUUGGAGAGCGUGAUUUAUAUUGUCAAGGGCAAGGCGCGCAUGCGUUGGGGAGAGAAGCUGGAGUUUACUGCUGAGGCUGGGCCGGGGGAUUUCAUCUAUGUGCCGCCUUAUGUGCCGCAUCAAGAGAUCAACGCCUCGCCCGACGAGAAGCUAGAGUGCGUGCUGAUGCGCAGCGAUCAGGAGGCCGUGGCAAUUAAUCUGCCAGACGUCGUGCCGGUGGAGAUGCCGGAGGAUGUCAAGUGGAUAGAUCCUACCCAUCCGCAUUGAUUAAUUCUACGAAGUGAGUAUAUAGCAUAACUGCAAUGCGGUGACAUUCAAUUAGACUAGCCUCGCUUCCCGUCAUUCCCCCUCUUCAUCAUCGUCAACAGGGUUCUUGAAGUGAAUUGCCAUGCGGUGAAAGACGGUAUUGUCCUCUUCAAACUCGGGGAACCACUUCAUCGA